AAUGUCAAACUUUAAAUUUUUGUAGGUACUAGAAGGCAGCUGUGUAGUCUAAGCUGUUCGUAUCUUAUUAGGAAGUAGGAAAUAAGUUCAGUUUUUAUUAUUAGUAAUUAAUCUCCUGUACGAUAUAACGACCGUGCUAAAAUGUCUGAAAACAGCAGCCCUAUUAAAUAUUUCUUCUGUGGUGGAUUUGGUGGAGUGUGUACAGUCCUCGCAGGUCAUCCAAUGGACACAAUUAAAGUAAGACUGCAGACUAUGCCACUGCCCCAACCAGGGGAAGUAGCCUUGUACGCUGGCACUUGGGAUUGUUUCAAGAAGACUAUACAAAAGGAAGGUUUUCGUGGUCUGUACAAAGGUAUGUCAGCACCACUGACUGGAGUCGCACCAAUAUUUGCUAUAAGCUUCUUCGGUUUUGGUCUGGGCAAAACAUUGAUAAAAAGAGAUGACAGCUCUCCACUGACGAAACCAGAACUAUUUGCGGCUGGUGCAUUUUCUGGGAUCUUCACUACAUCAAUCAUGGCUCCGGGCGAACGCAUUAAAUGUUUGCUUCAAAUUCAGCAGGGUGGAAAUGCGCCCCAGAAAUACAAUGGCAUGGUUGACUGUGCCAGGCAGCUAUAUGCAGAGGGUGGAAUGAGGAGUAUAUACAAAGGUAGUGUUGCUACCAUUCUUAGAGAUGUACCGGCCAGUGGAAUGUACUUUAUGACUUAUGAAUGGGUGAAAGAAGUACUUGUGCCAGAGGAUGCUAGUAACAAGUUUAAAUUGAUGGCUACAAUUGUGGCAGGAGGGUGUGCUGGUAUAGCUAACUGGCUGGUGGGCAUGCCGGCAGAUGUCUUGAAAAGCAGAUUGCAGACUGCACCUGAGGGAACAUACCCCAAUGGCAUGAAAGAUGUGUUCAAGCAACUGAUGGAGAGAGAAGGCCCUACAGCACUUUACAAAGGAGUGGCACCAGUUAUGAUACGAGCGUUCCCUGCCAAUGCUGCUUGUUUUGCGGGCUUUGAGCUUGCUGUGAGUUUCCUCAACUGGGUAGCACCAGGACUUUGAUGUACUCAAACAAACCUUGUAUAGAAAUGUUCAUAUUAUAUGUAAGCGUUAAUUUAGAUAGUGAAGAAUAAAUCUGUUGAUAUUUAUCAAUUUUAUCAACAAAGUUUUUAAUAUAUUUUCCUUAUACAUGACAAUUGUUUAUGAAAUAUUAAACGAAUCACAAAAUGCACAAAUCAAAGUACUUUGCCAUGUACAUAGAUAUACAUUUAGUGUAAAAUGACUCGACUUUUGGAGAGCAUUAAUUUUAUUUUGUAUAGAUGGAAUAUCUUGAAGAUGAAGAGGAUGUGCGAUGACUGAACAAGAACAAUACUGCGUUACCAUCCUGAUUACUUAUAGACAGUUAUUUGUUACAUAAUUGUGAUAAUAUUUAAUACAGGCAUGAAACAAAGUGUUGUUAUAGCCAGAGAAGUAAUAAAUAAUAUAUUUUUC